AUGCUAUCGAAUCUAGCUAAAUUGGCAGUUAAAAGGAAUCCAAUUGGAUACAAACCACAAGUAUGGCCUGGAAAAUUUGACAACAUUGUGAUUGCCAUGUCGUCUGGGGUGGACUCGUCCGUGUCGGCGGCACUUUUUGCUGGAUAUCCCAACGCCAAAGGUAUUUAUAUGCAGAAUUGGACCAAAGAACAAUCUUUAACAGACCCAUCAGACGAGCCAUGCUAUGAGAGGGAUUGGAAGGAUGUGGUGCGUGUCGCCGAACACUUAAACUUGCCCGUUGAAAGGGUCAAUUUUGAAAAAGAUUACUGGAUAGAUGUUUUCGAACCCAUGCUACUGCAAUACGACCAAGGUUUGACGCCCAACCCGGAUAUCGGAUGCAACAGAUUUGUGAAAUUCGGGAAGCUACGAGAAGUCUUGGAUCAAAAAUAUGGCUCCAACAACUAUUGGCUUGUCACAGGCCAUUAUGCAAGAGUUUUAGCUGAUGUACGUGCUGGUAGUCAUCAACAUCUUUUGAGGAGUUUUUACACAAAGAAGGAUCAAAGUUACUAUCUGUCACAAAUCAACUUUGAUAUCUUGGGACAGCUGUUGCUACCAAUGGGUCAUUUGACGAAACCGGAAGUGCGACGUGUUGCCGACUCGAUGCAAUUGCCUACAGCGAACAAACCUGAUUCUCAGGGGAUCUGCUUUGUAAAUAACUCACAGCAUGGCAAAUUUAACAAGUUUCUGCAACAUUACCUACCCGAUUCCACUGGUAAUAUAGUCACCGUGGAUGAGUCCAGUGGCAUCAAAAGAGUGUGGGGCUCACACCAAGGCUUAUGGUCAUACACAAUUGGACAAAAGAUCGGCCUUUCAAUGCCACAGGGAGAUCCAAGAUACUCUGGUGCGUGGUAUGUAGCUGAGAAACUGAGGGACACAAACGAACUUGUCAUUGUGCGAGGCAAAGAUCACGACAGUUUGUUGAAAAAUCAAGUCACCAUUCAGAAUUUCAAAAUUCUAGGCUGUAGUCCAGAGGAAUUUUACGACCUCCUAAAUUCUACGUCGGUCAGGGGACAUAUCACAAUGCAAUAUCGUUCACUUCAGGAUCCAAUUACUGUCCAUUCGUAUGAGUUUACGCAUAAAGACAAGGGAGAACUUGCCCUUAAAUUGAAAUUGGAAUCCAAGCAACGGGCAAUGGCUCCAGGACAAUACUGCUGCCUCUACAUGGGAGCUAGGGUUCUAGGAAGCGGUCCAAUCACUGAAACAUUAUGA